UUCCCAAAUCUCGUGCUCUCUCUUCCUUCCUUAAAAUAUCUUGAUCUUCGCUUCAAUGAGUUUGAAGGGCCCUUGCCUUCUCAACUCUUUAGUAAGGAUCUCGAUGCUAUUUUCGUUAACAAUAAUCGUUUAACUUCCAUGAUCCCUUCAAAUCUAGGAUCAAGCACAGCUUCUGUUGUUGUUUUUGCCAAUAAUUAUUUUGGAGGAUGCUUACCACCUAGCAUAGCCAACUUUGCAAACACUUUGGAAGAAUUGCUCCUUAUUAAUACUAGCUUAUCAGGGUGUUUGCCUCCUGAAGUGGGAUUCUUGUACAAGUUAAAAGUGCUAGAUGUGAGUAAUAAUAAGUUGGUAGGGCCAAUACCUUAUAGUAUUGCUGGAUUAGCUCACUUGGAGCUACUAAAUUUAGCACAUAACAUGAUGAAUGGAAUUGUGCCAGAAGGAAUAUGUGUCUUGCCUAAACUAUCAAACUUCACUUUCUCUUAUAACUACUUUUGUGAGGAGCAGGGAAUUUGCAGCAAUUUGACAUCAAAGGGUAUAGUGUACGAUGAUCGUCGGAACUGUUUGCCAGAAAAACCUCUUCAAAGAAGCAAGAAGGAAUGUGACCCUGUGGCUGAGCAUCCCAUAGACUGUUUUGCACUUCAUUGUGGCACUUGAUUUUUGCUAUUGAGUUGCUUCUGUUGAUAAUGUGACUUAAUAUUAGCUUUCGAGUUUUCUUUUAUUUUAUUUUCAAAUUUAGUAGCUAAUGUGAAAAAAGGAAAAGAAGUGUUAUGAUCUAAUUUAAGGAAUAAUAUCUGUAAAUAUGGUGUGUGAUGAAGUUUCCUAUAUGUUGGUAGUUUAACUGUGAUGCUACUUAUUUGUAUUGUCCCAAAAAAUGAUUCUCAGACU